AUGGCUCAGUUUCUUGCCAACGUGCUACAAAACGUCGUCGGCAAAACGAAACACCACGUGCGUAGUAGCUUCGACUUCGCGUCGGAGAUCACCAAUGUUCGGGUCCCUGAGGGUUGCAUUAUUUACUCGCUGGACGUCGUGUCGCUCUACACGAACGUACCAGUUCAAAAUGUGUACGAUAUAAUUGAACAAAAGUGGCGGGAAAUUAGCGAUUACACGCCGAUACCAUGGACUGAAUUCAAACGCGCCCUUCACACAAUACUUGGAGCGUCGUUUUUUCAGUACAAUGGUAAAAUCUUCGAGCAAACUUUUGGCACACCGAUGGGCUCUCCUCUAUCCCCGGUAGUAGCGUCUCUCUUGAUGGAACAACUCGAGGAAACCGCCAUCCAAUGCCUACGAGAUAAAGGUAUCAACCUCGUGAUGUAUAAACGCUACGUCGAUGACUGUUUGAUAGUAGGUUAUGAAAACGACAUAGAUUGCGUGCUAGCCGAAUUUAACGGUCAAUGCCCAAGCAUAAAAUUUACGCUGGAAAAAGAAACUGAAAACUCAUUGCGUUUCUUGGAUCUCAAACUUUCUAGGUGUCAGGGAAAGAUUGAGAAAAACUGGUACACCAAACAAGAAAACGGAAGAUAUUUGGAUUAUUAUUCAGAAAGUCCAUAUAUACACAAAAAGAACACAGCGAUUGCAUUGAUUGACCGGGCACUGAAACUUAGCGACGUUGAAAAACGUGAAAUGAGCAUCAAUAAAAAUAAUAAUAAUAAUAAUAAUAAUAAUAAUAAUAAUAAUAAUAAUAAUAAUAAUAAUAAUAAUAAUAAUAAUAAUAAUAAUAAUAAUAAUAAUAAUAAUAAUAAUAAUAAUAAUAAUAAUAAUAAUAAUAAAAAUAAUAAUAAUAAUAAUAAUAAUAAUAAUAAAAAUAAUAAUAAUAAUAAUAAUAAUAAUAAUAAUAAUAAUAAUAAUAAUAAUAAUAAUAAUAAUAAUAACAAUAAUAAUAAUAAUAAUAAUAAAAAUAAUAAUAAUAAUAAUAAUUAUAAUAAUAAUAAUAAUAAUAAUAAUAAUAAUAAUAAUAAUAAUAAUAAUAAUAAUAAUAAUAAUAAUAAUAAUAAUAAUAAUAAUAAUAAUAAUAAUAAUAAUAAUAAUAAUAAUAAUAAUAAUAAUAAUAAUAAUAAUAAUAAUAAUAAUAAUAAUAAUAAUAAUAAUAAUAAUAAUAAUAAUAAUAAUAAUAAUAAUAAUAAUAAUAAUAAUAAUAAUAAUAAUAAUAAUAAUAAUAAUAAUAAUAAUAAUAAUAAUAAUAAUAAUAAUAAUAAUAAUAAUAAUAAUAAUAAUAAUAAUAAUAAUAAUAAUAAUAAUAAUAAUAAUAAUAAUAAUAAUAAUAAUAAUAAUAAUAAUAAUAAUAAUAAUAAUAAUAAUAAUAAUAAUUAUAAUAAAAAUAAUAAUAAUAAUAAUAGUAAUAAUAAUAAUAAUAAUAAUAAUAAUAAUAAUAAUAAUAAUAAUAAUAAUAAUAAUAAUAAUAAUAGUAAUAAUAAUAAUAAUAAUAAUAAUAAUAAUAAUAAUAAAAAUAAUAAUAAUAAUAAUAAUAAUAAUAAUAAUAAUAAUAAUAAUAAUAAUAAUAAUAAUAAUAAUAAUAAUAAUAAUAAUAAUAAUAAUAAUAAUAAUAAUAAUAAUAAUAAUAAUAAUAAUAAUAAUAAUAAUAAUAAUAAUAAUAAUAAUAAUAAUAAUAAUAAUAAUAAUAAUAAUAAUAAUAAUAAUAAUAAUAAUAAUAAUAAUAAUAGUAAUAAUUAUAAUAAUAAUAAUAAUAAUAAUAAUAAUAAUUAUAAUAAUAAUAAUGAUAAUAAUAAUAAUAAUAAUAAUAAUAAUAAUAAUAAUAAUAAUAAUAAUAAUAAUAAUAAUAAUAAUAAUAAUAAUAAUAAUAAUAAUAAUAAUAAUAAUAAUAAUAAUAGCAAUAAUGAUAAGAAUAUUCAAAAUAAUAAUAAUAAUAAUAAUAAUAAUAAUAAUAAUAAUAAUAAUAAUAAUAAAAACAUUAACAAAACUCUGAGAGUAUUACAAUGGAACAUUUGCAGUAUGAACAGAUUGGACAAAUUCGAUAGCAUCCUUGAGACAAUAGAACAGUUGAAUGUAACACCUGAUAGUUCCUUCUGUCAUCCAUCGAACGACUGCGGCAAUACCAAAUGGAAGAAAUGUCGUAAUUAUGUACGAACAAGGAAACCGAAACUUGAAACAGACCUACCGGCCUUUGAAGAGGGCUCGCUUCUAAUUCAUAUUGUGUCGCAUCAUAAACCGCAAUUGGUUGUAAAUCUUCAAAUUUGUGACACUUCCUUCGAAAACAAUCCGACACAACAAAGGGCGGACGGCACAAAUGUGUCACUACACUAUUCGAACGGGAGCGUCUCCCGAUUACUGGAUGAAACCAUGAUGAGAGCAAAUUAA